AUGGCUGGUCACGUAGGUGGCGGUGGUUUUACUAACAGUAACGAAAAUAUACAAAGAUACAACAAUGAAAGACGUAGUAGUAAACAGUGGGUCAAACUUAAUGUUGGUGGUACAUAUUUUUUAACAACAAAAACUACUUUGUCUAGAGACACUAACUCGUUUUUGUAUCGAUUAGUACAAGAAGACAGUGACUUAAUAUCAGAUAGGGAUGAAACUGGAGCCUACCUUAUUGACAGAGACCCAACAUAUUUUUCGCCUGUUUUGAAUUAUCUACGACAUGGAAAGUUGGUCAUUAACAAUGACAUUGCUGAAGAAGGAGUUUUAGAGGAAGCUGAGUUUUAUAAUAUAACAGAGCUUAUAAAAUUAGUAAAAGAAAGAAUUUCCCAGAGAGAAACGGGUCCAUCCAAAGAUUCCAAAAAUCAUGUUUACAGAGUAUUACAAUUCCAUGAAGAAGAGUUAACACAGAUGGUUUCUUCUAUGUCUGAUGGUUGGAAAUUUGAACAAUUGAUUAAUAUUGGAUCUCAAUAUAACUAUGGAAGUGAAGAUCAUGCUGAAUUUUUGUGUGUUGUCAGUAGAGAAUGUGGCAAUAAUCCCAAUAGUAAUGAUAUAGAACCCACAGAUCGUGCAAUGGUCCUUCAGCAAAAAGGCUCAAGAAUUUGA